AUGUCUGAGUUGACAAGAAUUGACAAGGAAAGUGUUAGGCAGAUUCAUGAAAGUUUCAAUGCCCCAGCUCACAAUGCGUUGUCAGUGAAGAAGUUUUUAGCCAAUCACAACAUUCCCAUCUUAGACCAUCCACCCUACUCACCUGAUUUGGCCCCCUGUGAUUUUUUUCUUUUCCCUAAAGUCAAGUCAGCUUUGAAAGGAACUAGAUUUGAGAGUGUUGAAGCAGUAAAAGAAAAAGCGACGGAAGUAAUGUAUGGACUUACCGAAAAUGAUCUGCAGCAUUGCUAUGAACAGUGGAAAAUUCGUAUGGAGCGGUGUAUAGACCGAGGAGGAGAGUACAUUGAAGGAGAUAACAUCAAAUUGAGAAAACCAGCAACUUUGCUGCUGGAGGAGGUGAGGGUGCGAGUCUGCAACCCACCAACUGAGAGGGGUGAGGGUGCAGGUUUGCACAAAAAUGCACCAGGCACAGCCAGGAAAAGGGGAGGCUGGUACGGGAGGCGAAAGCCACUGGGGCCUGCCUUUCCUGAGAAGCUAGGAGAAACCAAACAUCUUUGGUCGGAGAUUUCAACUCCUCCUGCACAAACUGCUGCAUCUUUAAGAGUAAGGACAGGUCAACCACAGUCCUAUGCUCCCCAGUUCCCAGCUUCUAUGGAGCUGGAUACUGACUUGAUGGAGAGAUCCAGCAACCUUGCUGCUGGAGGAGGUUUCCCUCUUCAAAUUAUAAACCCAUGUAAACCUAAGGGCCCAAUUGUGUUUAGACUCUGUUCUGUGUGCAACUAUUCAACACCCAAGCAAUCACAUUUGGAAAAACACAUGUUAGUUCACAGCAAAGAACGACCAUAUGUUUGUGGCGUUUGCAACCGUCAGUUCACUCAACAAGAGAAUCUCAAAAGGCAUUUCAAACUCCACACGGGAGAACGUCCUUUCCGUUGUCGCACUUGCGGAAAAGGUACAAAUCAUGAAUUAAUAGAAGUUGCAAAAGAAAAGGGCUUUCUUAUGAUGAAUUUUUGUUCUCUUUGUAAUUACUCAACUCCAUAUAAGUCUAAUUUGAAGAAUCAUAUGCUGGUACACAGUAAAGAAAAACCUCACAUUUGCCCUAUAUGUCAUCGUCGUUUUAGUUUAAAAGGAAACUUGAAGAAGCAUAUGUCCACGCAAUGCCAUAAGUUAUUAUUUUGA